AUGGCGACGACGACGGAUGAGCGACAGCGUUAUCGCGUGCGCGCGGACACGGAGGGGGCGCGCGCGGCGAUGAAGUCGCUCGGCGUCGACGUGAGCGCACUGGACGAGGACGCGGUGGCGCGCGCGGUGGAUUUAGCCAAGCGGCGAGGGAACGAGGCGUUCGGACGACGGGAGUACGCGCGCGCGAUCGAGGCUUACACGACGGCGAUCGCGGGGUGCGAUUGGGAUCGGACGCUGUACGCGAAUCGGUCGGCGGCGGCGCUGGCGAUCGGCUUGGUGGAGGACGCGCUGCGGGACGCGGCGACGUGCGUCAAGAUAGACGAGAUGUGGGCAAAGGGAUGGUAUCGGCUCGGAUGCGCGCUCAUGGCGGCAUUCGAGAGCGUGAAGGCGCACGGUGCAUUCGCGAAGGGGCUGGAACUCGCACCGGAGAGCGUGGACAUGAGAGAUCGUCUCGAGGAGGCGCGCGCGGCGGCUGAAGACGAGCUCGAGAGAAUCGCUUUGGAGACACUCGCGGUGAGGAGGGACUUGGCGUAUAAGCUUCGAGAGGCGCGGGCGCAGGAUCGUCGAACGGAGAUUGAGAAUCAGUGGAAACAGACUAUGAAUGGACCAGACUGGGAUAUUGAAGAUUAUGAGUGGCGGCCGACGUUUCUUCCUCAGAUGUGUUUACGUAAAAUCGACGCGAGCCGAUUCCAGGAGGACCCAGGGCGAUUGAACGUCAUCAACUACGCGAUGUCACUCGCUGAUCUCGCGGCGCCGAAGAGAUCUUUAAAGAUACUGGAUGACACCAUACGCAUGGCGGCUUAUAAUGACGCGAUUGAGCUAACCGUUGGCGAUACUGAGACACUGAACUCUACUCUAGUCAUCUCCGCCGGCGGCGGCGUCUUACCUCUCAUCGCCGCCAGAGCGGGAUCGAAAAAAGUAUUCGCCAUUGAGAGGAACAGGUAUUUAUAUCGCAUGGCGAAGCAGAUUUUGAAAUCAAAUGCGGACAAAUUUGCAAAGGAUACGAUUGGUUUGCUGGAUCAGAAGCUUCAGGCGUGUUCACUCGCGAAAGCGGAUGACGAUUCGAGCGUCCGUGGGCCUCAACUCUUGACGCAGCCCUCCGAGCUGAUUGUGACCGAUUUGUUUGAUCAUGGUGCGUUUGGUCUGGGAUUGUUGAGGGCUGUGGAUCACGUGGGGGAGAAAAAGUUGGCGACACCUGAUGCACGCAUUAUUCCGUCUCGAGUUCGAGUCAAGGCACAACUCAUAGCACUUCGAUUGGAUCGUGUGAGUGGAUUUGAUUUAACCGCACUGAAUGCGUACAGGUGGCAUCCUCAGGCUUCCAAGCAAGAUUUAUACUCCGAACCACACGUGGUGCUCUCAGAUCCCUUUGAUGUCUCGGACAUUGACAUACAAGCACGUUUGCAAAAAGCUCUCUCAGCGGAGCAAUGCUCCGAUGGGAUGGAACAAGACGACGUCGUGUACGUCACGGCCAUCAAAGAUGGAUCCUGGAACGCAAUUGCGUACUGGUUCGAGUGUGAGCUUUGUGAUGGCGUCGAGUUGAAGAGUUACGACGUCAGUGGAGACCGCAGUGCCGCAAUGAGCUCCCUGGGCGCCGCGGUGCAAUACUUGGACGAGAUUACAGUCACGCGCAAUCAAUCGAUCGAACUGCGCAUCCAGAGGGACGUCGAUCGUGUGUACUUUUCGUCAACACCUCCGUCUACGCGACCGCGGCACGCGAACAUCGCAAGCUGGCAUUACGACAUGUUGAACGAUGCGUCACGAAACAACGCGUAUGAAGCUGCCAUCAAGCGCGCCAUUGCUCACCGCAAGAAGCAGAAUCUGCGGAACGAAGUCUUAGACGUUGGCGCUGGUAGUGGCUUGUUGUCGAUGUUUGCGAUGCGUGCUGGAGCGGAUCGCGUGUACGCGGCCGAGAUGAGUAAUCACAUGUGUGAUGCGGGCGAAGAAACUGUUUGCAUGAAUGGAUACGGAACGUCCAUCAUGUUUCUGAAUCGCGACGCUCGAAGAUUGUUCACAAAGGAGUCUGAGGGUCUGAUUAAGCACGGCUUGAAGCCCGACGGUGUUAUGCCAGAGAUGGAUCGUAAAUCAGACAUUCUCGUGUACGAGGUAUUCGACAGCGGUCUCAUAGGUGAAGGCGCGCUGCACAUUGUUGGAAUGGCCAAGCAUCGCUUGCUUGCGUCGAAUGCGACAAUCAUACCCAGCUCGGCGACUGUUUACGCCCAACCAAUCCAGCUACGCAUCGAUCAUGUUUCUGGCUUCGACUGCUCACAGGCCAAUCGUUGGCGAUGGCGCAGCGAUUAUGAAGGCAUUAACCUCGAACUUUGCCGAGACAAGUGGAAACCGCUUGCGCCGUGGAAGGAGGUGUUCGACUUUGACUUUAACAACUACAUGGAAAAUUUACAGCCCACUCAACGCGCACUCGAGUUUGAUAUCGACGACGAAGGAGUGUUUAACGCCGUUGCGUUUUGGUUCAAGCUCCAACUCGAUGAAGAAACCGAGCUGACGACGUCACCCCACGUUGGCGCGCAGAAAGGACAGACGUGGCAACAAGCUGUGCAAUACAUUGAGGAGCUCAGAGUCGACGUCGGAGACAAAAUGCCGUUGGUCGCGUCUCAUGACACGUACGGGAUCAAAUUUGAAGUCAAUGACACCGAGUUACAAAAUCGAGUCGCCAAACGCACCGGUGUUCCAGCGUAUGAUCCGCACUGGCACGUCAUGCACGAGCGCAUCGCCGAGGCGUCACAUGCCAUGGCGAAAGCAGUCACACAAAACCCUAUGGUUUACCGAGAGGCCGCGGAAACCGCAGUCGCGCUCGGAAGUCGACCGCAAGACUUCGGUCUCUCCGCCGAGGACGGGGGCGAGUACUGUCUCAAGCUCAUGGGAUAA